UACUGUGCAUGCUGUGUAGAUUCAAUGAUUUAUAAAUCGUGUGGAUGGCUCUUCAUGCUCUCUGUGCCUGCUGUAUGAGCCAAUCAGCAUGCUAUAAAGAUCAGUGAAUUUUCACAGUCUCUGUACAGUAUCAAUAAAUAAGACAACCUUUUCAGCACAAAUGACUGGAUCAUUUCUGCUCUACCUUCAGUCAUCAGCUCAGUAUUUUCCAAUUAAAGGCAGAUCCCAGACAAAUCCCUUGUUAACAGCGAGCGGGGUCAGAGCCAUGCCGUGGGUUGAUGUAGCAGAGUUGCUAGGAGGCAGAGGGAAUUUGGAGGGAGGGGAAUGAAGAGAAGGGUAGAAGUAAACCAGAAAGAGGAACAGGAAGUGUCCCGACAGUCAGGUAGAGAGAGGUGCAGAGAUGGCCCAGGCACGCAGGAAGGUGAAGCUGCUGGGGGUGAUGAUGAUGGUGAACUUCUUCAUCUACAUUGUGGUGGAGGUGGCCCGCAGCAGCAGCCAGGGCAAGGGCGGCCAGGACAAGGUGCACAUACCCACCGAGAAGUUCUGGAAGAAGCUGGCGGUCAGCGAAGCCUACUGGAACCGUGAACAGCAGAGGUUGGAUUUCAUCCACAACCCCAUCUUGAGCUCUGAGAAUGGCUCUGCCUCCGGCCUGCCGGACUGGCUCAACCACACGGCCGACCGGAACUCCUGCGAUCCGGACCUGAGCGUCACCACACAGGUGAAGGACUACAACUCCCUCCCAGCGCGAUUCAAGGACUUCCUGCUGUACAUGAGGUGCAGGUCCUACCCCAUGGUGGUGGACCAGCCCCACGUGUGCCGGGACCCGCCCUUCCUGCUGCUGGCCGUCAAGUCGCUGGCGCCCCACUUUGACCGGCGGCAGGCCAUCCGCGAGUCGUGGGGGCGUGCUGGCAAGCUGGCCAAUCGCACUGUGGCCACCGUCUUCCUGCUGGGAAACGCCACAGCGAUGGACCACUUCCCUGACCUGUCGGGGAUGCUGCGGCAUGAGAACCGGCUGCACCGUGACCUGCUGCAGUGGGACUACAGGGACACCUUCUUCAACCUGACCGCCAAGGAGGUGCUGUUCCUGGACUGGCUGCACCACCGCUGCCCCGGUGCCAGCUUCGUCUUCAAGGGCGACGACGACGUCUUCGUCAACACCCACCGCAUCCUGGACUUCCUGGCCGGCCUGCCCCCCGCCAAGGCCAAGGACCUGUUCGUGGGGGACGUGAUCACUAAUGCCGGCCCGCACCGGGACAAGAGGCUCAAGUACUUCAUCCCGGAGAGCCUGUACGUGGGGCCGUACCCGCCGUACGCGGGGGGAGGGGGCUUCCUGUACUCGGGCGACCUGGCCCUGCGUCUGCGGAACAUCUCCGCCCGGGUGCCCCUGUACCCCAUCGACGACGUCUACACGGGCAUGUGCCUCAGGAAGCUGGGCCUGGCGCCCGAGAAGCACAAGGGCUUCAGGACCUUCGACAUCGAGGAGAAGUACAGGAGCAACGCCUGCGCCUACAAGAGCCUGAUGCUGGUGCACAGCCGGACUCCGCAGGAGAUGAUCAAAAUCUGGGCGUGGCUCAGUGACCCCGAUCUCAGCUGCCAGUGAGGGAGGGCAGCUGGGCACAGCUUCUUCAGGGGUUUGCUAUCAGAGGAGCAGUGAAGAUGUCGGCAGCUGAAUUAAUUUUCGUUGUUGGUAGAUGUUGCUGUUAUCAUACUACUCAUUCCCCUGUGUUUCUCACAGGCCGAGAGCCUGGUAAUCUUAAUACUGCUGUACUGUCCGGCAAGGAGAUUGAAAGAGAGUGGUGUCUGUGAUUCAUUUAAAGCAUCAAAGGCAUUCUUACCACUCUCUCGUUUGUACUUGAUUUUAAAGCAGACUGUAAGAAUGUAGAGUUGCACAGCUGACUGUUCUGUCUGAGGGCAUGAUGGGAUGUAUAAUGGGGGUUUAUGGGUGUAUGAGGGAGAGCGCUAUACAGCAGACCAGCCUUGGCUGGUCAUGACACCUGCAGGUGCAGGCCGGUCUGUUCCAGGUUACUCCAACCCUCUCCCUUUAGCCACCAGUACACCCGGUAACACAGCAGCUUGGCUCACAGGUGAAUGACUCCUGUCCAGAGUCUGUUGGUGGCAUUUAAAAGAAAUGCUGAGGACCUUGAAGGGCUGGAUUUGUGUGGGUUCAUGUCACAGUGCAGAAUGUUACUUUUAUACCAAACAGAGAAGCUUCUCCAUAACUAGAAAGACAUCUUCCAGCAGUGAUGGUGAGGUCUUGAGCUUUAGUCAGUGUGUUUUAUGUUAUUUUUUUUAUCAAUUUGCGCCCACAUUAAGAACAGGGGAUAGGUAGGGAAGAUGGUGGGAAAGCAAUACUGCUGUACUGUUAUUUCAAAUUGAAA